AUGGGGAGACCGCAACGUUCCGCCGUAGCGGGCCCUAGUCGACGCACCACAAGAGCCGCCUCCACCCUCAAGAACGAGCGCAUCACUCGAAGUAGCAGAUCCAAACACAGCUAUGCUCUCGAUGACCCGGAACAAGUCGAGCGUGACCUCAACGCACAGCUAAAACGCAUGGGGCUCUAUGCUGCCAACACAACUGGCGACGGCAACUGCCUCUUUCGCGCCCUCUCCGAUCAGCUCUACGGCCACCCGAGUCGACAUGCUCAGCUACGACAGGAGACGUGCGACCACCUAGCUGCACGCCCCGAAAAGUUUGCUGGCUUUGUCGACGACAAGCCUUUUGAUCAGUACAUCCGCCUGAUGCGCGAGAAUGGCACGUACGGAGGACACCUGGAGCUGCACGCCUUUGCACAGAUGAUGCAGAAGCAAAUUAAGAUUGUCCAGCCUGGGCUCGUCUAUGUUGUCGAGGGGGUGGAUGACACGCCCGAAGCGAGGAGAAGAAGAGAGGAAAAGGAGCAGGAGCGGUUGCGUACACAGAACAGCAUCCAAGCAGGCACCGAGAGCGCACCGCUCACAGAACGGCAACGGCGAAGGCAAAAGAGGGAAGACGGCAAGCGCGACAAGACGGCGUCCACGGAGGAUGCAUCGACGUCGGCGGCUUCCUCGUCGAGACCAGCAGCAUCCAAGGAAUCAGCAGAAAGCAGCCAAGCAUCGACCUCGUCGACACCAGCCCCUUCCCAGGAAGACGCCACCGCCGCUUCUGAUACAUCUCCACAACUCGCAGAAGCAUAUGGACCGCUAUACAUUGCCUACCAUAAUUGGGAACACUACAGCUCGAUCCGAAAUCUUGAUGGACCGCACUCGGGACUCCCACGCAUCAAGGAGCAAAACAUCGCAUCUGCCGCCGCAGCUGCUGCAGCCAAUGCGGGCAGCGAAGCUUCUGCCGAAGAUGCGUCGAAAAGGACAGAGCCAACCACGGAGGAGAAGAUGGUCAUGCAGAGUAUCUCGCGAGUGCACGACCUCGACGAAGUUCGACGACUACUUGACGAGAAUCACAACGAUUGGGCACACGUGGUUGAGUUGAUACUGGAAAAGGACGCCAUCAUCGACGAAGAGGAAGUGGGAGCCGAGCUGCAAGCUGUCCCUUCAUCGGCUGGCGGUGAUCGAGCAGCGAACGCACCAGAUCGUCUGACCGUGCCUCCUCCACCACAUCUACCGGAUCACAUGCGUCACUGGCGUGCCACCUCGCCUUCCUCUGUCGACACUUCAGCUACACACAGCAGCGGAGAAGGCGAUUCCCCCUCCACCACCGCUACCACCGACGAUGGCGGCGACACCACCGCCUGCGCUUCACCUGACACGUCGAGUCUCUCGCGCGGCAGCACGCCGGGCGUCGAGAGGCUCAGCAGCAAGCGUGCCGCCUCCUCGGACGCCAUGACCAUGAGCAUGAUUCGCAGCCCGAAACGACGAUCGCAGAGCCGCUCGCCCGAGUUGCAUCCUGCAACAGCAGCAGCAGAGUCUCAGGCUGGGGAGGCAGAGGCGGCAGCGGAGGCGGACGCGGCUUCCGCGGAUGCUGACGCCAAGUCGCAGGACGGUCAGGCUGUCUAUGAGAUCAUCAAGCGUGGACGCGGUCGGCCGCGCAAGGACGGGCUUCCGAACAAGUCGAGCAUUGCGGUCAAGCGGCGUGUGCCCACUGCAAGAGAGAAGCGCGAUGCUGCUCAGGUGCGCAAACGUGAACGUCAACUUGAAAAGGUUGGACGUACACGCGCUGCAAGCAAGGCGGAUGCAGACGAGAAGGCGGCGACGGCGACGGCGGCAGUAGCUGCUGCUGCCAACAAUCGGCCUUCCCCUGCAGAGGUUUGCGGCUUCCGCGAGCUUAAAAUAUAA